CUCUUUGUUGGUCCAGCGGCAGCUGCGCUCAUGUUGUUGUAGCUACUCUCUCUCUCUCUCUCUCUGGAAAUAUUUUUCCUCUUUCGAAAUAUUUCGUCUCUUGUUUUCAUCGCGGCCUGUACACAUCCUAGUAUCUAGCGUUUGGUAUCAUACCUUGUCACAAUAUCAAGUUAAACCGAGUAAUGGACUCAGACGAAGGGUACAAUUAUGAAUUCGACGAGGAGGAAGAGGAAUGCAGCGAAGACAGCGCCGAGGAGGAUCCCGAAGACGACACCCUGGAAGUGGAGUUGGAUGAUCCUGUUGUGGCCGGUGGAGAACGAGAUGAAUGUGGGGAGACCGGAGGCAGUGGCCUAGGGCCCGGUCAAGACGAAGAGGAUUAUCGGUUCGAGGUUUUGACUGCCGAACAGAUCCUUCAGCAUAUGGUCGAGUGUAUCAGGGAGGUCAAUGAUGUCAUCCAGAACCCUGCAACGAUAACAAGAAUACUUCUUAGUCACUUCAAUUGGGACAAAGAGAAACUGAUGGAAAGAUAUUUUGAUGGGAACCUUGACAAAUUGUUCUCGGAAUGCCAUGUCAUCAACCCCAGUAAGAAGUCGAGGACACGGCUGAUGAACACGAGGUCCUCUGCUCAGGAUCUUCCCUGUCAGAUCUGCUACCUGAACUACCCAAACUCGUACUUCACUGGCCUGGAGUGUGGACACAAGUUCUGCAUGCAGUGUUGGGGUGACUACUUGACUACCAAAAUCAUUGAGGAGGGGAUGGGACAGACAAUUUCCUGCCCUGCUCACAGCUGUGAUAUAUUGGUGGACGACAACACAGUCAUGAGACUGAUCACAGAGUCCAAGGUGAAGUUGAAGUACCAACAUUUGAUUACCAAUAGUUUUGUAGAGUGCAAUCGACUGUUAAAAUGGUGCCCAGCGCCAGACUGUCAUCACGUAGUCAAAGUCCAGUACCCAGAUGCUAAGCCUGUGAGAUGCACAUGUGGCCGGCAGUUCUGCUUCAACUGUGGCGAGAACUGGCAUGAUCCCGUCAAGUGUAAGUGGUUGAGGAAAUGGAUCAAGAAGUGUGACGAUGACAGCGAGACGUCUAACUGGAUCGCAGCCAAUACAAGGGAGUGCCCCAAAUGCCACGUGACCAUUGAGAAGGACGGCGGCUGCAACCACAUGGUGUGUCGGAACCAGAGCUGCAAGGCCGAGUUCUGCUGGGUCUGCCUGGGGCCCUGGGAACCACACGGCUCUGCCUGGUACAACUGCAACCGCUACAAUGAGGAUGAUGCCAAGGCAGCGAGGGACGCCCAAGAGAGCCAGGCGUUGUCCCUCCUCCUCCUCCUCCAGCGGUCCAGGGCAGCCCUGCAGAGGUACCUGUUCUACUGCAACCGUUACAUGAACCACAUGCAGUCGCUGCGCUUCGAGCACAAGUUGUACGCCGGGGUCAAGGCCAAGAUGGAGGAGAUGCAGCAUCACAACAUGUCCUGGAUCGAGGUGCAGUUCCUGAAGAAGGCCGUGGACGUGCUGUGUCAGUGUCGCUCCACACUCAUGUUCACCUACGUCUUCGCCUUCUACCUCAAGAAGAACAACCAGUCCAUCAUCUUUGAGAACAAUCAGGCUGACUUGGAGAACGCUACGGAGGUUCUGUCUGGAUAUCUGGAGCGGGACAUCUCCCAGGACUCUCUGCAGGACAUCAAACAGAAAGUACAGGACAAGUACAGAUACUGUGAGAGUCGGCGUCGGGUGCUGCUGCAACAUGUGCAUGAGGGCUAUGAGAAGGACCUCUGGGAAUACAUAGAAGAUUAAGACUCUUUACUAAAAGAGAAACCUCUACAGACUAGAGCGCUGAUGCAAUGCCACGGGGGCAGGUUGUUGCUGAUCUUCCCAAUAUUGCAUUUUUUUUCUCCUCCUCUUGGGUUUUGUUUAAUGGAAAAAGUUUAAAAUAAAUUAUAUCAAAAUAAUAAAAAAUAAUUUAAAAAAAGUAGAAUAUUUCAAACAUUAAUCGUACAACAGUAUUGUUUGUAGCAGAUUGGAUUGUGAGGACAAAAAAAAAAGAACUCCCCCCGCUUCUCUCAAUUGGUCGCUAUAGUAACAUCAUUCCCCCCCCGCCCCCACCCACUGUUCAGUUUCCCAGUGAUGUAUUUUAUCUGUUGACUUUUAAAGUACCCUUGUGUGGGACAUGGGUUUGUGUUCAAGCCAUGUUCAUUAAAUGUGGUUAGAUCACAUGUAGGGUUUUUUUUUUGAAUGUUGAUUUGCUGAUUGUAAAGGUGCUGAACCACGUGGGUUGACAGGAGGGAAAAGACCCUGGGGAGUGCAGGAAAAAGGAAAUGUGUUUUUCAGUUUGUAAAUAACGCAUAUGCAUGGAACAGCAAAGUGUGGCCGUUUUCUUUCAUUUGUCUUUUUAUUUUUUUUUGAAAAAUAUUUAUUCUUUUUUUUUUUUUGAAAAAUAUUCAAUAGAGUUGCUGUGUAGAAGACAAGUUCGCUCCUGCUUUAAAAGAAAAAUGUAUUCUUUGGUGAGGGUUUGGAAGCUGUUGAACGAGCGAUGAAACUCUGACCGGGUUGUAAGUAGCUUUUUGAAAGCAAUUCUGACAAAACUAAAUCCACCUAAAAGGAUAGCAUUAGGUGAGAGAAUGAGACUAAAGAACAAGCCAUCUUCUUCUUCUUUUUAACAGCAAGCCAGACUGUAGUUCAGGUAAUAUAUUGAUUUAUUCAUAGUUGGAAUUGACCUUGCAACCUUCAGAAGUUAUCAGCUAAUUGCACCUGAGGGGGUUUUGAGAAAUGAACAGAGAAUGACUUCGCUGUGUCCCAAGUGGCUCCAUAUUAUCUAUAUUGUACACUAUGGGCCCUGGUCAAUAGUAAUGCAUUAUAUAGGGAAUAGAGUGCCGUUUGGGAUGAAGGUAAUGUCCUGUUUGUUCUAACCCCCCCCCCUCCUUCCCUCUUGUUCUUCCAUCACCACCCCUCCUCCUGUUUCUCCUUAGAAGUUGUAAUUUCCAGAUAACACACUACCAACUGUUUCAUGAGAGCCAAAUUGAGUGACAUUCACUCAUUAAAAAAAAAUAAACAAAUGUAUUUCUUUUUUCAGACUUGAGCUUUUCCUCAUGGUUUUUUUGUUUGCACCUUGGUAACCUGGCAGGCGGUAGAGCACCGUGGUAACCUGGGAGGCGGUAGGGCACCGUGGUAACCUGGCAGGCGGUAGGGCACCGUGGUAACCUGGCAGGCGGUAGGGCACCGUGGUAACCUGGCAGGCGGUAGGGCACCGUGGUAACCUGGGAGGCGGUAGGGCACCGUGGUAACCUGGCAGGCGGUAGGGCACCGUGGUAACCUGGCAGGCGGUAGGGCACCGUGGUAACCUGGCAGGCGGUAGGGCACCGUGGUAACCUGGCAGGCGGUAGGGCACCGUGGUAACCCGGCAGGCGGUAGGGCACCGUGGUAACCCGGCAGGCGGUAGGGCACCGUGGUAACCCGGCAGGCGGUAGGGCACCGUGGUAACCUUGCAGGCGGUAGGGCACCGUGGGUAACCUGGGAGGCGGUAUGUAAUUCCCUUAAAGGGCUGUUUUAAACUUGAGUCAGUCAGCAUGACUACAUGACCUAGUCCCCUAAAGAAGUAGGAACUGUGACAGACCUGGCUGACAAGACGUACCCCAUAACCCCUCCCCUUUCUUUAUCUGUUGUGUAAAGGAGUAUGGUUUUCGAUAGCACCAUCCAGAUGAGCUAUACACACUGCUUCGUGGGCUUUGAGGAACAGGUCUUGUCCGACAACUGCAUUUAAAAUAUAUAUAUAUAAGGACUGAGCAUAAAGCAGCGCUGAUGUUUUUGAGAUGUCUGUUGUUGUAAAGCUUUGGCAUCUAGGCUAGACUAUGAGAGUGGCGUUUACACUGGUUGCUAGUCUGAAAUGCCACCCUAUUCCCUAUAUAGUGCACUACUUUUGACCACAGACCAAUGGGGAGUGGAGCACCUAUAGGAGAUAGGUUGUCAUUUGGAAAGCAGCCUGGGUUGUACCAACAUGGUAACAUGAUGCCAUUUUACCUUCAUAACACUUUCCAGUUUUAUACGAGCUUACGAGGUCCAAAACGAGACAAACCCGAGCCCAGAGAAGUGGCUGGACUAGUCGCAGUGCUGUCCUCAGUCAGUGUUUGUUGGUAUUUCUCAAUGCACUGUAGCCCUCGAGAAAUACAAGAGUCUGGCAUUUGACAUUGAUGUGGCUGACAAGACGGAAACAAAGAUUUCUCUUCACCAAAGUGUGAAUCAUCUGAAAAUACUAUUUUUUAUCUCUUUGUUUCUGAUACUUUCUGUGAAAAGGGAAGUUCAGACACAGUUGCUUUCAUGUAUUAUAACCAUUCUUACAAACAAAAUGUCCUAUUUAAAUAAAUGUCAUUCAAAAGGAA